AUGGCCUUCUUGGCGUUAUACUACCGCUUGUUUCCCAUGAAGCGCUUCCGACAAGCAUGCUUGGUGCUGGGAGCCAUAUCUGUCGGCUGGACCAUCUCCUACGUCUUCGUAUGCAUUUUCCAAUGCACCCCGGUACCUCGUGUAUACAACAGGAAGUUGGAAGGGACAUGCAUCAACUUCAUCUGGCAUCGCUGGUCGAAUGCAGUCCUGAACAUUCUGACUGAUCUCGCGAUCUUCCUACUCCCCAUGCCGAUUAUACUGAAGCUGAAUAUGUCGAUCGGUUCGCGCAUCGGACUCGUCGCUCUUUUCUCGAUAGGCUUCUUCAUCUGCCUGACCACUGCGCUGCGCAUGGCGGCCUUGCCAUUGAGUCUCAAGGCUACAGAACCUACUUGGGAGUCUGCACCGACGAACCUGUGGUCUUUCAUUGAAGCAGCUACGGGGGUGAUAUGUGCCUGCUUGCUCAGCCUGCGCAAGAGUAUCGGCGCAUUAUGGCCAAAGAAGUGGAGGAGCAACAAAGGAAACAGCGGUGCCUAUGAACAGUACGGGAUCAGCGGAUCAGGCGGCCUCGGGCCGGGAGUGUCGCGACCGUGCAAUGGGACUGGAGCUCGCAACUCGUAUGCAAUGAGCGGCUUGCGCAGCGGAGCGAAAGGCAGGAUAGAAUCGCUCGGCGACAUUAGUCCAAGUGAGAGUCAAGAGCGGAUCAUGGAAGGCUCAAAGACGGUAGCGCAGGUCACCACAAGUCGACCGCGCAGUAGUCGCAGUGUGAGUGAGGAUCUGGGGUCGCCAGGCAUCAGGGUGACCACCGAUGUCCAGGUCGUGAGGGAGUAA